AUGUCGUCUUCCAUCUCUUCAUUCUCAUCAACUCUCAUCAGGCGAACGAUCCCAUUUUGUUCAUUCACCAACUCUACUACUUCUGCAACAAGCACUCAAUUUCUGUCACCCAAAAGAAAGCCCAUAUGCCCCCUUCUAGCCCGUGCUCUACCCGACUCACCGGACCAGUACCCGACCAGGAGCCCACCAGAGUUUUCUCCCCCAGUUCCAGGCCGCUAUGACCAGCCUUCUGCUCCUCCUGAGGUGCCUGGGAUUUCCACCUCUCCGGAUGUGGACACCACUCCUGUUCCGCCUCCUGAAGUGAAUCCAUACCCUCCACCGCUUGACCCGGAUCCGAACCCGGGCCAGGAUUUUCCCGUGCCUCCCUUGAAACCGCCUCCUGUGCCCGAUAUCCCGCCACCAUUUCCUGACAACCCGCUUCCAAAACCCGACGUAGUGCCGCCGCAACCACCUGAUAUUGUGCCUCCUCCCCCGCCGGGGCCCGAGAUUAUUCAGCCACCAGCUCCCCCGCGACCCCCAACUGGCCCGGGUGGGCCAAUUGUUGUGUAG